GUGAUUGGCUAGGCGCUUGUGACGUGCGGGGACUGCGGUGGGCCCGGGUGCUGCGGCUGCCGCAGCGCCCGCCGCGGCUCGGGCUCUGGCUCCCCGGCAUUUAAAGGGGACGCGGCGGCGGCCCCGGGGAUGGGGGGCAGGUGGAAAGGACGGAGCAAGAGCACAUCAUCCACAGUCCCUCGGGGCUGGAGGGACUCGUGAGCCGGAGCUCAGAAAUCCGGGGGUGGAUAAGACCGCGUCCCCCCCAAUUCCCGAGCUCUGGAUGACAGCUGGAGACCAACAAAAUUUCUAAAGGUGGUGGUCAAGAUAACAUACUGACAAUGAGCGGGUGUUUCCCAGUUGUUGGACUACGAUGUCUAUCUAGGGUAUGCCGUGGCCUGGUGAGGGGGGCUCCCACCUCCUUAAGCCCCAUUGCUUCUCCUGUUGCCUGCUUGCUUCGGACUCUGGCAGAAACCCCACCUGCUGGCACGCGCUUCCCAGGGAAUUGGUCUUGGAUGUGUCAGCGACCCUGGCUGUGGCCCGCUAAUCAGCCUCUCCCUGGCCGGCUCCCGCCGCGCCGCCUCUCGCUUGUCCCCUCCUCCUGCUCCUCUUCCCCCUGCUCCCAGGACGGCAGGAUGGCUGCGCCGGGCGCGCCUCGCUUCCUCCUGACCUUCGACUUCGAUGAGACCAUCGUGGACGAGAACAGCGACGACUCGAUCGUACGUGCCGCGCCAGGCCAGCAACUGCCGGAGAGCCUGCGUGCCACCUAUCGCGAGGGCUACUACAAUGAGUACAUGCAACGCGUCUUUAAGUACCUGGGUGAGCAGGGUGUACGGCCCCGGGACCUGCGCGCUGUCUACGAAACCAUCCCCCUGUCGCCGGGCAUGGGCGAUUUGUUGCAGUUCAUAGCCAAACAGGGCUCCUGCUUCGAGGUUAUUCUCAUCUCGGAUGCCAACACCUUCGGUGUGGAGAGUGCCCUACGUGCCGCCGGCCACCACAGUUUAUUCCGCCGCAUACUCAGUAACCCUUCGGGGCCCGACGCGCGGGGAUUGCUGACGCUGCGGCCCUUCCACUCGCACAGCUGCUCGCGCUGCCCCGCCAACAUGUGCAAGCACAAGGUGCUCAGCGAAUACCUGCGUGAGCGGGCCCGCGACGGCGUGCACUUCGAGCGCCUCUUCUAUGUGGGUGAUGGUGCAAAUGACUUCUGCCCCAUGGGGCUGCUGGCGGGCGGGGACGUGGCCUUCCCGCGCCGCGGCUAUCCCAUGCACCGCCUCAUCCAGGAGGCACAGAAGGCUGAGCCCAACUCCUUCCUCGCCCACGUGGUGCCCUGGGAAACAGCCGCCGACGUGCGCCAACAUCUGCAACAGGUGCUGAAGAUGUGUUGAAGACCAUCGCCUGCCAGGGGUGCCCGGGUCAACCGGCGGAGGAGGGGCGGGACUGGGGAUUGGUUAGGACCACCUAGUUUUACCACCACCCUCUUUCCUUUCGCUUUGCUAAGCUCCUCCGGGAAAGUCUGGAAUUCAGUCCGCUUGUGGGCUGGGAGCAAGGGUUCAGAGCCAGUUCCUAUCUAUGCAGUUAACACAGGUCGGCUGCCUUCCCUCCAGGGAGGUGAGCACCCCUUGGAAGGCAGGCAGCGCCCCUCGAACUGAGAGGAACGGGCUCCUGGAAGUUUG